CCAGCCGCUGCCUUCCUUCUCUUCCAAUCUGCCCACGGUCUCCAGGCAUGUGUCUCUCGCCUUUCCCAGAGCAGCUCAGCCUCCUGGAAAGCUUAGAUCUCAGGGGUGAGAGGGGUGUUGGAGUACCAGAAGCCUUAAAGGCUGCUGAUGACCGGGGGUUGCAGGAACAGGCUCUGCUCCGCGCGAGGAAGAGCCAUUUCACAAACACAGCCAGCGCGCACAGAGCCGUCACUGCCUGCGCCUCCGCCACCAAAAACACAGGAAUUAAUUUUGGAGAGUGAUCAGUGCGUCCCCUGCAGCCAAGAGGGACGGCAUGGAUCCCGAAUUUCUAAUUCGCUAGGAUUCCUCGACCUCCUGCCCCAGCCUCUUGGCCGGAGAGGGCAGCGGAAAGUCCUUGCGCUCCGCAAGGAGGCGGUUUCCCCCGGCAGCUGCGCGCUCCUGAUUCUGACUGCUUUUUGCGCAUAGCAAGAGUGACAGCGGCCUGCAAGCCCUUGAGGGCCCUGAGCCACAGGGGUUGUGGGGGGGCUGGAUAAGAAUUUCAAGGGGGUCUCAGAAUUCUCUAUGAAUCAAGAAAGUUCCAAGAAUCCCCUGAGUCUUUCCCGCUCAGGAAACUGGCCCUGCGGCUCUUGUCAGUAUCCAUUAGCCACUCCGGGCAGGCCCCUGCCAAGGCAGUGACACUCCCACCUACAGCCUCUGCCAUAGGCUGCUCCUCAGGCCCCCAGAAAACCGCAAAGGCGCUUGGAUCCCUCAUGGCCCAGGGUCCCUCCACAGAGCCAGGCCUGAUCCAGGGGCCCCAAGGGGGCACGCUUUGGGUUUUCUCCCUCAGUUCCUAAUUUGCAGGGAUAUAAAUCAACUGAGGCUUGGCUAUGGAGCAGAAAAGCUUAAAAUGGAGCAUGAGUGGGCACUGGCUCACCUUGGCUGGGAAAUCGGCCAUUUCUCUGUCUCUAUUCUGACCCUGGCAUUUCAUGCAGACUCGGGACUUCCUCUAUCUUCUGCAUUUUGGGGUCUCUUAUUUUGCAUUGAAAAACAUAUCCCCCAAAUCAAAAAGAGGGAGUUGGUCCGAGGGAAAAAUCUAGGACUAGGAGUCUUAUGGCCUGAGUUCCAUAUGGUUCUAAUAGAACUUGCUGUGUGACAUUGGGCAAGUCACUUCCUUUCUCUGGGCCUUGACUCUUCCAUCUGUAAAGUGGGCCUUGAGUUCCCAUUCUUAUAGCUAGAAGACAAGUUUAUAGUGAAUGGUGACCGAAGGGAGGAGCCACAGCAAAAGGUGGAGCUCAAGAGUCCCAAGCAUCCCCUUUGUUGGCCCUGACCCUGGCCCCAGGCUUAAUUCCCCUCUGCAGCAAAAAAAGCAGCCUCUGCUCACAGUAUGCCAGCCAAGAGAGACAAGACAGCCCCCCAGUCCAGCCCAGCCCUAGAGGCUCCUCUCACUGCCAGAGGCACCUCACCCUCUGCCUUGGAGGGAUUUUCCCCCCAAGCAGCCUGGGCGGUGAGAGGCCAUCCCUAGGGCAGACGGGCCAACCUACCUCUUCCCCUCACCCAUCCCCUCAGUCUUCCAGCCGGGUCCUGCCCUCUCCUGCAGUUUCUGGCAGGUUUGGGGUAUCCAGAAAACACUAGAAAGUGAAGCCUUCAACAACUACAGAGACCUAAUCCGGAGAACUUAACCCAGCCUCAGCUUCUUCCUCCAGGCACAACUGGGUCAAAACAGAGGAGGGGAAGCUGCAACCCCUCACCCUAAGUGACCAGAAGCAGAAGACCAGGGGGUGUCCCAGGUGGGGGACUAGAGGGAGGGGCUGGGGAAGAAAAGAGGGAUGAUGUGCUCAGGUUCACUUUAGAGAUUUCCAGACGGUGCUAAUGGGGGCAAAAUGAGGGCCUUGGAGAGUCCUUACCCUGUGCUCCCCAUGCAUCACUGCAUGAUGCUGAGGCAGGGGGCUGGACCAGGUGACCGCUGGCAGCUCCUGCCUGCUUGUGAUUGGACAGAAGGACUAAAGAGAAAAAGUUGAUCGCUUCUCAUGCCAUGGGUGUUCAAAAGACACAAGGACUCACUGUGAACUCCUGGCCUGCUCCUGAGCUCCCUCCCCGCCACCCCCCCAGGCCCUAGCUGGCCAGAACCAUGCUAAUGCUCACAAGUGGCAGUGGCGAUUGUCCCCUGGUGGGUCCACACAGCCACCAUCUACCUCCGGGGUGGGAUCAGUGGGGGGCUGGGGAGUAGGGUGAGGUUCUAAGUGCCUCAUUCUGGGAAGCGUGAGGGGGCAUCUUCAGGUGUGGAGGGGGUCUAGGACACAUCCAGUCCAAGGUCUUUGAACGGAAGGGAUAUGGGCAGGAUCUUGCUCUGAGGUGGCCCCCGUCCUCCCUCCCAGGUGGAGAGGAUCAGGGAAACACCACUUCAUGUGUGUUAAUAACCUGACCCAUAGUGCAGGAGAUCAGGGUGACAUUUAGAAUUAGUGGAUUCUCCUCCAAGCCAGGACACCUGCCGCCUUGUUCCCUCUCUGCCACUACCUUGCUGUGCCAUUUGGGAGAAGCCACCUUCCUGUGGGAGCCUAAAUUUCCCCAUGUUAACGCGCAGGGAUUGGCCUACCCUAUAGGUGUCCCAGAAUCCCCUCCAAGGUACCAAGAAAGCGUCUGGACAGAUGCCAAAGAAAGAUAGGAUAGGAGCAAAGAGGUCUGGAGCGGCCAGACGCGAGCCAGACGAGGCUCUUUGAGGAACCGAGAGUUGCUGGGACAGAGCCCGCGGGAGAGAGCAAACAGAGCGUCCCUCCCCUCCCCCGACCCCCGCCCUUUGUCCGGAAUCCAGCUGUGCCCUGCUGGGGAGGAGCAGGCUCGCGUGGCGCGGCCCCCGGGCCCCGGCGCUGAUUGGCCGGUGGCGCGGGCAGCAGCCCGGCAGGCACGCUCCUGGCCCGGGCCGAGCAGAUAAAGCGUGGCAAGGGGCACACGACUUGCGGUUCAGGAAAUCCCCGCGGUCUCGCCUCCGAGCGGACCCGGAGUGACGGAGGCCGGGGACCCCCUUUCACUCUUCUGCUCCGGAGCUGGGACGACUCCCAGGCGGGGGCGCCUGCAGCUCAGUUGAACUUGCGGAGGUGAAGGCCGGCUCAGCUCCCCGCGCUCUAGCUGCUCUCCGCUCUCUGUUCUUUAGCGCGAGAACUGUUAGAGGUAACACCUAGAGGUCAAGGGACCGGCGGGGAAGGGCGUGGGAAGAGGGGCCCUCUGAUCUGGCGGGGAGACAGCGGGGUGCCUCUUCCUCGGUUUUUUCCCACCUGGCCCUGAGAUCCGGGACUGUGCCCGGUAACCGACUCCUGCUUACCCUUCCCUCUUACCCCGCCGCAGGAUGGCGCCUCAUCCCUCGGGCGCGCCCACUGUCCAAGUGACCCACGAGCUGGGGCAGCCCUUCCCGGGAACCUCAGACUGCGAAGUGACCUGCGCCGCGUCCGCCCCGCCCAGCCCCACGCGCACACCCCUGGACUGCGCCGAGGCGGAAGGGGGCGGCUGCCGAGAGGCCCCGAAGAGGCUCCGGGCACGGCGCGGGGGGCGCAGCCGGCCCAAGAGCGAGCUGGCGCUGAGCAAGCAACGACGCAGUCGGCGCAAGAAGGCCAACGACCGCGAGCGCAAUCGAAUGCACAACCUCAACUCGGCGCUGGACGCGCUGCGCGGCGUCCUGCCCACCUUCCCCGACGAUGCGAAGCUCACCAAGAUCGAGACGCUGCGCUUUGCCCACAACUACAUCUGGGCGCUGACUCAGACGCUGCGCAUAGCGGACCACAGCUUCUACCGACUGGAGACGCCCUACGGGGAGCUGGGCAGCCCAGACGCCGGCUCCGCGGGGGACUGGGGCUCCCUCUAUUCCCCGGUCUCCCAGGCUGGCAGCCUGAGCCCGGCCGCCUCGCUAGAGGAGCGCCCGGGGCUGCCCGGGGCCACCUCCCCUGCCUGCCUGCGCCCGGGUGCUCCAGCUUUCGCAGACUUUCUGUGAAGGGACCGGUCCGUCACUGGGCAUGGGUGCUGGGAGAGAGGGAGGGAGCCCGAGCCGUCUAAGGUGGGCGGCGGCUGCGGCCCUCAAGAGCACUUGUUCCUCCUGCCUCUUGCUGGCUAACCCCUGGCCCGCCCAGACACCCGAGGGGCGGCAGGCUGAAUUCGAUCUCCCUGCACUCGGUGCGUCGCUAACUCGCGCAACUCUUGCCGC